ACGGUAGAAACCGGAAGUGAGAAGAACGCUGCAGCAAAACAAAAACAAUUUGGAGCGAAACAGUUUGAAAAAAAUCUCAAAAUGAACAAUCAAAAUCAGUCAACGAGUAAUGAUUUACGCUGCGUGUUUGUUCCUACAGACUCAGAGGACUAUCGAUGCGUUGUGAUUUUAACAGUAAAACGAGCCACAGGAACCUUCUCCUUAGUAGGAUGCGUUUUCAUGCUGUUUGUGAUCUGGCUGCUCCGAAGGUAUCACUCCUUGGCUCAGAAGAUGAUUCUUAGCCUGACUGUAGCUGCCUUCUUCGACAGCGUAGCGUACGUCAUGGGUGAGACUCAUCCGAAGGGAUCGCUGUGUGACUUCCAAGCCUGGUGGCUAACUUAUUUUGACUGGAGUGCCUUGGCCUGGGUUUGCCUCAUCACACUGAACCUGUACCUCAACCUGGUCCGAGAAAUAAGCACCAACAAAUACGAGAUGUUGUACCAUCUGAUGGCGUGGGGGGUGCCUUUGGUCAUGGCCUCACUGCCGCUCCUCAAGGGAACCUACGGCCCCGCAGGACCCUGGUGCUGGAUCACAGAAGAUCACGUAGCCUGGAGAUUUGGGAUAUGGUACGUGCCUCUUUUCAGCCUCAUCUUCCUGAUGAUCUCCUGCUACGCCAGGAUCAUCUGCGUGGCCAACAAGAGAAUGCAGUCUUGGUUGGGAACCUUCAACCCAGAGAGGGAAAGACGUAAGGUUUCCUUGGCGGAGGAGAUCAAGCCGUUGAAGUGGUAUCCCUCUGUUUACCUGCUGGUGUCCAUCUUCCCCCUCAUCAACAGGCUCCAUAACGCCUUCUACCCUGAGGAUCCAUCCUUCCCCCUCACCCUGUUGCACGUCCUGUCAGCACCACUCCAUGGUUUGGCCAACGCGUUCGUCUUUGGCCUGGAUAGGGAUUGGUGGAGCCUACUGAGUCCAACUGGCUUGCAGCUGGCUCUGCAGUCGCGGCUCUGUGACAGGACUCGGAUCGGAGAGUACUACCCCGGGGCGGUGCGCUACACACAGGCUGACCUGGUCGACCUCAGCGAUGACGACGACGAUGACACCAACGUGCUCUUCUACUCCCCCGACAUGACCCUGAAAGACCGAGGGCCCUGAGAGAGAGAGCAGGAGACAGAGAGGAAAAAGGAAGAGGGAGACAAAAGAGAUGGAGGAGAGGAGGGUCAGAGCCAGAGAGAAACGCAGCGGAUUAGAAAGUGAGAGGUAGGAAAAAAGAGGUAGGGAGGGAAUGGAAAGGAAGAUUGGGGGGACAGUCAGGCAGAUAGAAGCCGGAGAUGAGCUGUCAGGUUCCAUUAUUAAUCCCCAUCCUUUACUAUUUAAUAUCCUAAAGACACACACACCACACAUACUGAGCAGAGCUCCCCUGCAAUACUGCCGUGAGAGAGAAGCAGGCAUGGAGCACUCUGAAGAUCCUCCUAAUGUUAAAGGCAUCUGCUGCAUCCCAAAGGUCUUGAAAUGAUUUCGAGCUCUGCGCCAUCUUCUUGACUCCUCCUGCGUUCUGCGGCGUUUUGGCAUGCCAGAAAAAUAAAGAAUAUGAAUUAAAAAACACACAUAAAGGACCGCUGAAAGGCAGUCAUAACAAGGUGUUCCUUUAGCAUUUGCAGCAAUUACCUUUUCACAUCUCUGUGGGAGAUGAGUUGAAAAGCAGGCCUUUUUAAAAGCACCUUGUGUGUCAGAUGUGAAACCAUCUAGCUGUACCCCGAGAUUGAUCCUGUGACUGAACUGUUUUCUUGCCAGCAGGGGCAACAGUAGAAAUACAGGAAAGGGGGCUUGGAUAACAGUCAGUGGGGGCAAAUAAUGGCACUUUUCCACCAGCACCUACUCGGCUCGACUCGACUCGGUUUGUGAGGUUUUCCAUUAGGACAUAGUACCUGGUAACAGGUACCAUUUUAGUACCUACUCAGCCGGGGUUCCAAGCGAGUUGAGCCGAUAAUGGGACGUCUACAGAGUGCUGGCCACUGAUUGGACAGGGAGUGACGACACUGCACAGCAUACAUAUUUUAAUACCUAAUAGCGAUAAAUUGUAGCUAUUACAGGGUUGCAAACGGGACUGAUAUACGAUAACUGUAGCAAACUAGCGUUAGCUUACCGUCAUACGUCGUCUAGUUCGUAUCCUCCUGUCUUUGGCUUGAUACUGCUGUAUUGCCUCCCAAACUCUCCUGUUCUCCUGUGUGUUUCGACUCGCCACCCUCAGCUUUCUCUGACUCUUCUAUUACUUUGAAUCUGACAAAAAGCUACAGUCCGAGCAGCAGGUAAACCAUCGCCUCCAUUGUUGUGUUGCGUUUGUGUUGCAAAUGACGUUAAGGGACUUCCGGGCCGCCGUGCUAUGACAACUCCACCCACGAUGAGAUGGUGCUCAACUGUAAUGGAAAACCUCCCAAACCGAGUCGAGUCGAGUAGGUGCACCUACUAUUUGAGGUUUCUGAGGUUUUCCAUUAGGACAUAAUACCUGGUGCCAGGUACUAUUUUAGUACCUACUGGGACUUGGUUCCAACCGAGCUGAGUCGAGCCGAUAAUGUGACGUCUACAGAGUGCAGGCCACUGAUUGGACAGGGAGUGACGAAACACGAGAGCGACUCCAUCACGAAAACCAAACCCGGCAUUAAAAAAAAACUGGCAACAGCAACAGUUCGCAUUUCUCUUCAUGGAACUCUUACUUUGAAUCUGACAGAAAGCCAUAGACCGAGCAGCAGGUUUACCAUCGCGUCGAUGUCCUCCAUUGUUGUGUUGCGUUGUGUCGCACACAAAUGACGUUAAGGGACUUCUGGGCCGCCGUGCUACGACAACUCCACCCAUGAUGAGGUGGUACUCAACUGUAACGGAAACCGACCUAAACCGAGUCGAGUAGGUGCGAGUGGAAAAACGCCUUUAGUCCCAACCCACCGGUGUCUCCUUCCUCAGACAGUAUUUGUUUUCCCUUCCGUCUCUUUACAUCACAUUACGCACAAGUAUUACUUUGAAAGGUGUAUUUUUUACUGAAACACUCACCUGUUUGUUAUACUGUAUUUAUAACAGAUCGAUGUACUGUAUAUAUUUAAGUGCACACUCUAUUUUUGUACGUGCCUUGGGGCGGGAACAUGAAGAAAAUUAGUCCGAACCUGCUGCUCUUGGCCUGAUUCAGAGCCUUAUGAACAACUUAAAUUCAGAAACAAACCCACACACACACACACACACACACACACACACACGUGCAUAUUUGUGAGGUGCUUGUUAAAACAGGUUGGAAACGAUGACACACAGCAGGCACCCACAGCGUAGGAGCCUUCGCCUUUGAUGGCUCAUCAUCUCACGGCCUUUGUCAGUGGAGACGAGACGUGGCUGAUUGGCAGGAUAAUGGAGUCGCUUUAUAUUCAACCACAGCCCAUUUGGUGUUUCCA